AUGGCGAAUGCAAUCCAAAAUGAGGCAAGCAAGCUUGGAUGGAGAUGACUUCUGCAGGUGAUUAUUGAUCAUUCAAAGAAACUUCCAGUAAAACUGCAAGUAUUGGACACUGCUUUUAUUGACUCUGAAAAUGAUAUUGGUCUAUGGGUUUAUACUGACAACCUUGGUUACGUUCAUUCAAAACCGAAGUCUCAACUGAAAGCUACAGAAAUAGUAAGAUCGUUCCUGAGAAAUAAUCUUUCCAAAGAAGAGCAAGUACAUUUUAAAAAUGCAUUAGAUCAUAAGGAUGAAUGACUAAAAAUCCAGUAUAGGGACCGGAAAACUUGUUUCAGUGUUAAAAAAGAUGAAUCAAGAAAAGUGCUUUAUCUUUCAAAUUUGACAAAAGUAAUGGGGCAGUCAUUCCAAACUGUUUUUAAAGACUUGGAAGCUCUUCAAUUGUAUAAAUCCUCAGCAUUUUCUAAUGAUUACUUUUAUAUUGUAUAUAUAGACCAAUCAGAUGAUGAUUUUAAAUUUGAAAUGAAAAAAAUUAUAUAUAAUCAUAAUUAUCCAAACCGAAUUAGCCGAAUCGAUAUCAUCAGUAAUUUAGCUCUUGAGGAAAAUAUUAAAAAAAUCUGCAAUGAUGCGAUUUCUUAUAUAAGUGACAACUAUAAGGUUAUUCACUGCGAAUUUUUGCUAAUUGAAGAUAAGCAAAAUAAGUUGUGGCUGGCAGGGCUACAGAACUCAGCAAUUUAUAAUAAAAAUUCUUCGCCUAAGAAUAAUAAAAGUGUUGAGUGUGAUGAAAUGAAUUUUGACUCGCCAUUAAAACACAGAGCUCCGAGCUUAAAUUCGUCAUUCUUAACCUAUUUUUUCAAUAUUUGGAAAUUUUUAGUUUAAAACAAAUAAAUAUUGUAUUUGCAUUUUUUACAGAACAAAGAGAUAUAGAUUUGUCAAGAGGUUCUACUCCCCAAUUUGCAAAAGGCCAUAUGAGAAGCUAUACAAAUAUUUUGCCUGCCAAAUUUCUAAUAGAUUCAAGUGAAAAAGUGUUUAUUCGAAGGAGAUCUAAAAGGCAAGUGAGUUAUGCGAAUGUAAUUGAAAGAGUCCCUAUAACUGAUUUUUCUGCUGUAAUUCAAGAUUUCCAAAAUCACAAAUCGCAAUCUAUGAAAAAGCUAAUACUGCCAAGAUCUAUCUGAAAAUUGAAGCACAAGUCUAAAACUCAUUUAUCGAUGUCUUAUUCUCAAUCAACAACUAGCAUAAACGAGAAAAACAAUGAAAACCUGCCAUCUAAAAUAAAGUUUAGAUAUAGUGUUUUCCCAUGGAUGGCGCUAUUUUGGCCUUGAUUUUCCCACUGGGAAUUUUUUGGUUUGAUCAACCCAUAUGGUACUGGUCGAACCAAAAAAUUUUCCCUGUGGGAAAAUCAAGGCCAAAACAGCGCCAUCCACAGGAAAUUGCAAUACUUUCCAAAGCAUAUUAAGGGUGAAAGUAAAAUUGUUGAAGCUAUAAAUAGAGUGUUUAAUAGUAAAGCGUGGCUUAAUUAA